AUGGUCGAACACGAGUUCGGUGGACCCCCAUACCUUUGGCCUGCCCGUCCUGCUCUACGCGUUCACAUCGCUUGCAACGACGUGUCUGGCUGCCCAGUGCCUACUCUUCUGCAACCUCGCGACUUCAACUGGGAACAGCUGAAAGCUGACGCUAAUCUACGGGAUAUCGGUCUGUCGAAUUCUCUCUCCUGGAAAGUGACGCUGGUCACUGUCGCCUACUAUGUCUUCGGUCUUUUCCUUUGGAAGAUUAUUCCCGCCAAAAAAGUCCAUGGAACCAAAUUGGGGCAUCAUGAUCGCCCCCUUCAGUAUCGAUUCAAUGCGUUCUCGGCCAGUAUGGUUAUUCUCUCUAUCUGCGCGGCAGGCCCGUUCCUCCAGGGGGCCGAGUUCCCCGUCUGGAAUUUUAUCACCGAAAAUUACGUGCAGCUUCUGACGGCAAACAUCCUCCUUUCAUACGCCCUAUCUGUCUUUCUCUACGUCAACAGUUUCACCGGCGACACCAAGUAUCCCAACCGCGGCGGCACGACAGGCAACCUCAUCUACGAUUUGUACAUCGGCCGGGAGCUCAACCCCCGGGUUACCCUGCCUCUGAUUGGCGAGGUCGACAUCAAGACGUGGUGUGAAGUUUGCCCCGGUCUGACUGUCUGGAUCCUGCUUGACCUGGCAUUCAUCGCCCAGCACAUCGUGUUCACGACCGCCGUGCAGGCAUACUACGUCCUCAGCAGCCAGUACAACGAGUCAUCCAUCUUGACGAUGAUGGAUAUAACAACCGACGGGAUGGGCUUCAUGCUUGCCUUCGGCGACCUAGUCUGGGUCCCCUUCCUCUACUCGACGCAAGCUCGUUACCUCGCGGCCUUUCCCGUGCAUCUCGGCGGGUCACGAAUCCUCGCGGUCGCCGCCGUCUUCGUCCUCGGGAUUUACAUUUUCAAAGCGGCGAAUACCCAGAAGCACCUGUUCCGCACCCAGCUCAACCACCCCGCCGUGCGGGAUCUAUCGUCCAUCACCACCAGGCGCGGCGCCCGCCUCCUCACCGCUGGGUGGUGGGGUCUCUCCCGGCAUGUCAACUACUUCGGCGACUGGCUGCAGGCUUGGCCCUUUAGCCUGCCCACGGGGGUGGCAGGGUACAUGAUACUCCCGGCGUGGGCUGCAGCAUUGGCCUCAUCGGGCCAUCUCGCCGAAUCGCCGUCACGCACGAUGUUGGACGGGCGAGUCGCAAUUCAAGGCCCGGCAACCGGGUGGGGGAUGAUCUUCACUUACUUCUACGUGCUGUACUUUGGCGUCUUGCUCGUCCAUCGCGAACGCCGGGAUAAUGCCAUGUGCGCGAAGAAGUAUGGCGAGGAUUGGAAGACGUACAAGCGGACGGUGCAGUGGAGGAUAUUGCCCUGGUAG